AUGGCUCUCAUACGCCUCUUGCAGCGUAGACCAGACGGCGGCAUCGUCUUCCGUGAAACGACCAAUAGCGAUGUUCCCGCAUACGCAAUACUUUCACAUACUUGGGGAGAGGAGGAGGUCAUUUUCCAAGACAUGAAAGGCGGCGUGGACAUGAGCAAGGCUGCUAGCAAGGCUGGAUGGAAGAAGAUACACAUUAGUCUUAAUGGGAUGUGUUAUAAACUCCCCUAG